GCAGGGCCAGGGGUUGGACUGAUGUUCCUCGCUGUCUCUCCCCGCUCAGGACAUUCCAGAAUUCCCUCAUUCCCAGCCCCACAUCCGGGGCCUUUCCCGCUGGCCCCGCCCCAGCGGCCUUUCCCGCCCCGGGCCGUGAGGGGAGGCGGGGCGGCCAUGAAGUGUGUGAUUGGGGGGGCGCAGCUCCGAGUGUUUGGAAGAGCAAUCCAUGCCAUAGCACGUAUUAGUGAUGAAUUUUGGUUUGACCCCGUAGAAAAAGGUCUUGCCCUAAGAUCAGUGAAUUCCUCGAGGUCAGCAUAUGCCUAUGUCUUCUUCUCAUCCAUGUUUUUCCAACAUUACUGCUGGACAGCUGUGUCUGAUCCCUGUCACAAGGAGAAGCAGUUAUCCCUCCCGUGUAAACUGAUAGUUAAGGCAGUACUCCCUGUAUUUAGAUGUGCAAAUGUGCUGGGAAGGAAUGUAGAGAAGUGCAGCAUCUCUACCAGCCCCAGUGAUCAUCACAUCACCUUUCAGCUCCUCUGCAAACACGGUGUUGUAAAAACAUAUAACCUGACAUUUCAGGAAUGUGAUCCUUUGCAGGCUGUUUUUGCAAAGCACAUGUGUCCAAACAUCCUUAAAGUCCACUCCAGGCUGCUGGCUGAUGUGAUGAUUCACUUCCCAACCAGCCAAGAAGAAAUAACCUUAUCAGUUACUCCAGUGAAAGUUUGUUUCAAGAGUUACACUGAGGAAGACACUGACUUUUCCAGGACGAUGGUUACUGAGAUUCACCUCAGUCCAGAGGAAUUUGACUACUUUCAAGUUGGAGUAGAUUCUGAAGUGACAUUUUGCCUUAAAGAGUUGAGGGGCCUGCUGGUGUUCUCUGAAGCCACCGGUGUUCCCGUGUCCAUCCACUUUGACAGAUGUGGGAAGCCCAUUGCUUUCAGCAUUGAGGACGUGCUGCUGGAGGGCAGCUUGAUCCUGGCCACCCUGUGUGAGGCUCAGAAGGAGGCAGAUUCCCAGGAGCGCUGCUGCCCACAGCAGUGGGGCAGCUCAGAGACACAUCCUGAUAAACCCUCUGGGGAUGAGCCCAACAGCACAGACAUUUCCAAACAUCCCCAGCGGGACGGGAACGCUCCCAUCAGUCCUGUGGCUAAACGAGAGGUAAAAAGCAUUCCCAGAGUCACGGGGAGGGAUGUGACAGGAAGAGCAGGAACAGCCACGGCCGAGGCAGCAGGAGAGGCCACGGAGGCUCCUUAUCAGAAGUUCCACUCCUUGUUUUUUGGAGCUGUUUCCUACAAGAAGGAUGCCACGGGUCACACCUUGCAGAGCUUGGCGACUGCCAGCGACACCGAGGAGGACCUGGGCCCCUUGCAGAGCUCCCCGGUGCUGUAGGGCACGAGGGCUUCGGGCCCAAGG